AUGCACCUCGUGAAGAUGAACAAAGUUGGGGGAGACGAUGAUGUCGACGAAAGUAUGGAUGCAGAUGGUGUUGAUGUAGAAGAUGAUAAUGUAGAGCAAGAAGAAGAUGUUGACACUGAUAAUAUUCAGAGUGAUGUUGUGGAGGAGGCAACUGAUGACGAGAGAUUGGACUGUGGUUUUGUUGAUGAGGUCUUAGUUGGCGAUAAUUCUUCUUACGACUAUUACGGUGAUUCAGACUUGGAGACUAUAGAAGAACCUGUUAGAAGAAGACAUGUGAAAUCAGUUGGUAAGAAAAAGAAUGGAUCAGAGGAUGAAGAUGAGAGUGAUACAGAAGAUAAGAGAAAGUUUUACUGGGAAGUAAUGGAGAAGACCUUUGUGUCUGAGGCAGCUGCUUAUACUUUUUAUAAUGGAUAUGCUCGACAAGAGGGAUUCAGUGUAAGAAAGUUCAAGUUCAAAGAGACUAAGGGUGCUAACAAAAUAGUUCGCAGAAGGCGGUUUGUGUGUUCUCGGGAAGGAAAACGUAACAGCAAGUUUCUGACUAUGGACAACCGCACUCGUAGGUUGAGACCUUUGUCACGUUGCAAUUGUAAAGCGGAGUUGGAUGUGAAGCUUGAUAGAGGUUCGGGGGUUUGGCGAGUUGCAAAAUUUGUUUACAAGCACAGUCAUAAGUGUGCAGAACCGAGCGAGAGCCCAUUUUUAUGGUCACAUAGGAGGAUAAAAGAUUUCCGAAGCGGAGAUAUUAGCAUUGGCAGCAGCUGGGGUUAGGAAGCAUGUGAUCAUGGAUACCUUCCUCAGCAAGUAUGGUCGGUACACCACUGUUGGGUUUACGAGGAAGGACUUGUACAACAUGUGCUGCAGGGAGAAGAGAAAGUUACUUGCAGGUGGUGAUGCUAGCUCAGCCAUUGCCAUGAUGGAGAACCGGAGGAAGAAGUUUGCUGAUUUUUUUUUUGAGUACGACGUUGAUAGUAAAGGUCGUUUGAAAAGCUUG